UAAUAAGUUCCUCAUUCAUUCACCUCACCACGGCGUAGAGAGAAAGAUGAAGUAAAGCUUUUACUCUUCAGGAACUUCAUAUCAAGUCCUUCACCUCUAUCAGUUCUGGAGGAGAACAUGACUGGAUCCUGGAGAGUAUUUCUGCUCUGUUGUCUCCUGCAAGGUGCUGGGUGCAACGCUGCAGAAUUUGAGGCCCUAGUGCCAGCAAGUGUGACGACACUCAGUGGAUCCUGUGUUACCGUUCCUUGUUCCUUCACCGUGAGGGACGGGUUUGAAGACAAGCUACAUCCUGGAUGUAUACUAACAUGGAAAAAAAUAGAUAAAAUAACUAUCAGUACAACAUUCAAGGGAAAUCUAACAGCGUACAACUGUACUACAACAUUAAAUAACGUACUUGAAGACAAUUUUCAAUAUUAUUUUAGAAUUGACUGUGGAAAUCCAUUAAGAUAUGAUUUUUCAGUAUACCCAGUGACCAUCAGGAUCAAGGGGCUCCCUGAUGCACCUCGUUUGACCCCCCCCAAGGAGCCGGUGGUGGAGGGGACUCCUGUGGAGCUGGGGUGCUCUGCCCCGUCCUACUGUGACACCCACCCCCCCACUGUGACGUGGACCCCCGCCCUGGGGCUCAGCACCCAGCUCCAGCAGAACGAUACCGUGACCUCCACUCUGACCUUCAACGCCUCCCACCUCCACCAUGGAAACAAUGUCUCCUGCACUGCGGCCUACUACAUACCAUCUGGGAACAAAACUGUGACGUCUACGAGAUACCAACUCAGUAUCUCAUACGCCCCCAGGAACACCUCUGCUGUCGGCAGCCCGUGUCUUCCAGCCAGAGAGGGAGGCUGCCUCAACCUGACCUGCACCAGUCAUGCUAACCCUGCUAUCAGCGAGGUCACCUGGUACCGAAUGCACGGAGAACACAUCCUUAAGAUCGGGACUGGAUCUUCUCUGUCCAUCCAGCUGUGGAACGCCAAUAACGUUUUCUUUUGUGAGGUCCGGAAUGACUUUGGCACAGAAGAGUCUAAUGUCUACAAGAUUGACAUUCAAACUCCUCCCAGGAUCCUGCCCUCUUCAGGCUGCAGCAGAAUUGCAGCCUGGGUGCGAUGUUCCUGCUACAGCGUGGGCAGACCAUCACCGUCUCUGGAGUGGCGGUUGGAUGGGAAACUGGUGUUGGGUUCUGAAGACGUGUCUGUUAGCCAGGUCAACCUGGAGAACGCCACGUUGAGGAGCUCCCUCACAAUGAGGGCCCCUGCUGGUCUGACAGCCUUGACCUGCCACAGCUCCAACGCUGCCGGGAACACCAGCCAGGAGCUUCCUGUCCCCCACCUGGAGACACAGCCAACCCUGACAGACCAACUGCCCUGGAUAGCUGCUACUGCAGUGCUAGCCGUGGGUCUGCUGUUUGCAACAGUGUGUGCCGUAAGAGCUUGGAAAAUGGCCACCCGAACAAGACUUGGCAGUGAUGGCCUACUCAACAAAGCUCCACCCAACCAAGGGAACUCCAAGGUGUUCUUCAGAAGUGGGGAGGACAUCUAUGCUAACAUUGAUACACUGAUGAACACGGUCGGACCGAGACAGGAUCCUGUUGGAGCAGGAGAAGAGGCUGCUGGACUGGGAGAAGGGGCUGUUGGACUGGGAGAAGGGGCUGUUGGACUGGGAGAAGGGGCUGUUGGACUGGGAGAAGGGGCCGACUGUGAUGUGGUGUACACAACAGUGAAAUGGAAGAAGAAGUCCUAGAAAAAAGAGAUCUGAGCUCCUGGGGAAGAGACCCUCUGGGGCCCAGGGCCCUAGAGGCCCCUACACUUCCUCUGGGGUGGAUGAGGGAUGAGCUAAGGGCCGGAGGGAUGAGUUAAGGACUACAUUGAUGGGUAAAGGCUAGAGGGAUGAGUUAAGGGCUACAUUGAUGAGUAAA